AUGGCCGUCUCUAGGCUAACCCAGCGUGGCUACGACCCGGACGCGAUGUCCUGGACGACGGUUCCGAUGACUGAGGAGCCCAAUUCUGCGAUUCCUUCGAAUAUUCGAAGCCAAGCUCUCCUCAACGCGGCCGCUCGCCGCUUGCAAGAGAAAGCCAAGAUGGUGGCGCCCGCCGCCGCCCCGGCGUCCGGCAACCCAGCCGGCAAGACGCAGCCUCCUGCCUCGCACGCUGCGGGAUGCAAGGGCAAGGUCUUCACGAAGUGGAAGCCUCGCCCGCUACUAAAACCGAACCCGGAUGAGUACGUGAUCGUUGUAAAGCCACGUGAGCAUAUUUCCUUGCACGAAGCCUUCUCCGAGAAUCGCUACGGGACCGCUUUCACGGCUUACCUCGGGUCCGAGCGGGCAGAGACCGCAUCGAUUCUCCCUUCGAGAGAACAAAAUUUGAUUGUGAUCCAUACCCCGGACCUCGAGACGGCAGACCGAGUGAUCGGGGAUUCUUCCGUCAACACCGAACGCGGAGCGGUCCCGCUCCACGGAUACCUACUGCAAGAUGGCGGAAACGUUUGCCACGGUGUCAUCGUGGUGUGCAACUCGGAUACGACGGAGACACUUCAGCAAAAGUUGCGUUGGAGAGCAGGCACCAUUGUUGAAGUGAGAAAAUUUGGCACAUCGAACAAAGCGUGUGUUACCUUCGCCGGAAAGGACAAACCGCGUUUUGUUCACUAUGACAACAUGGUGCUACCCGUCCUACCCUACUACCGUACAAUCCCGGCCUGCGGCAAGUGCGGUGCUGUCGGCCAUAGGAUGGACGCAUGCCCAAACCUGAGACAGGACACUUGUGGUCUGUGCGGGCAACAGAUUCCACUCGUGGAGGGGGUGCGGGCCCCUCACGAAUGCGUGCCCAAGUGUUCAGUGUGCGGUGGUGGACACGACACGAACUCCCGCGAGUGCACUGCAAAGUUCCGCAACUCCAAGAUAACCGCCCAAAAGGGCGGCAAGACCAUAACGGCGGUCAAGAAAAAACACCGCCAUCUUGAGCUUCCCGGUAGGUCGCCGCACCGGGACGUCACCAAGACCGGCAAGCCAGCGCCCCCUGCCGGAGAAGCCGGGAGGCAAUCUACGGCGCCACCACACGGCGUGGCCGGGGCCUGGGCCGACGCCGUCAAAAAAGGAAAACAGUGGAACUGUCGAGGUUUCAAGGCCCACGCUAAGCGGGCCAACCUACGAUUUUUCCUCACAACAUUCGAGCACCUUCCUGCUGGGGUAGCCCUCCAGGAGCCAGGGAGCGGCGCCACACUUACAAAUUACACCACGUUUCAGCAGGACCCCCUCUCCUGUAUCUGCGUGCAUAAAAAUUACACGGCCAACUUCGUUGACCUUGACCUCAAAACAGAAUUCUCGUACGUGAUGGUGACCCUCCUUCCGCUACGAAAACAGGACCCACCACUACACGUUCUCAACAUUUAUUGUUCCCCUAAGUUAGCCAACAUCACUUUCGCAGACCUUUUUAGCCGCGCCUUAAAGGCUGCGGGCAGGGAUCCCCUGGUGAUCGUGGGCAAUUUCAACGCCCUCAGCACACUUUGGGGAUACGCGCGUGAAGAGAAACGUGGACGUAAGCUGGCGGAACUUAUGUCCACGCUGGGCCUUACUCUCCACACCGACCCUGCCCACCCAACUCGCGUGGGUAACUCCGUGACCCGGGGCACGUGUCCGGACCUUACCCUCACCAAAAACAUUCAAUAUGGAGACUGGGUCAACACUGAAGAAACCCUCGGUAGCGACCACUGCAUACUCAAUACAACUAUUCGCACCCAUCCAUUGGCAAGACCUUUCGCACAGGCGAAAUUGCCCGAUUGGACCAAAUUCCGACAAACAUACACCAACUCGACCCCCAUUCAGGAGCAAGGGUACCACGUCUGGUCCCAGCAAUUGGUUUCCACCCUUCGCUACACGGAAACUCAAAUUCAACUCUCAGAGGCGACCCCGGAGGUGGACAACCACCUCCUUCACCUCUUGGAGGCCCGGCACAGCCUUGUCCGCCGAUGGCGCCGGCAAAAACACAAUCGGAAACUCUAA